CCAAGCGGCCGUCCAAUCAUUGAUAUUUACGGUUUAGUGUUGUGCUAAAACAUAGUGAUUUAGUUUCAAAAACGUGUUUAGCGUUCUUAAAUAAACGUACAAAAUGAAAUUCACGGUGUUCAUAGUUCUGCUUACCAUAUCAACAACAUGGGGUAUCAAAUCCAAAAAAGAAGAACCAAAGGAUAAAAGAGAAGCGGCUGGUACUUAUCUACCACAAAGCUCUCAAAACUAUCAGUCACCAUCCUCAGGUCAGGAGGAAGCUAAUGCUAUCAGCAUUGGAGCCGGAUACAGCAUUGGAGGUGGUGCCAAGCCCACUUACAGUUUUGGCGGUCAAAGUGCGGGAGUCGGAGCCUCAUACCAGUUACAGCCAGAAAGUGGGCAUUCAAACAUUCAACUGGCACCAAUUUCUUUCCAGCAAGCCAAUGGAGGUCUCGUCUCCAAUGAUCUCUCGCAACUAAUGAGCCAAAUAUCUCAUGGACUUAAUAGUGGAGCUAUCUCUUUACCAUCAUCAGGUGGCCAAGGAGCUCUUUACCAGUUUGCAGGUCAAGGCGGUCAAGGAGGUCAAGAGAUAUCUUUACCCCAAUUUUCUUACGGAAGUCCUCAACUACAGCAAUAUAGCUUAGGCGAUCAAGGUCAAGGCUCCCUUCCAACUUACGCUCUCGGUACUAAAGGCCUAGGCACCUUUAAGUCAACAGGUCCAGUUUUAUUUAGUCCGGAAUCUUCUGGUAACCAAGGUGCACUGAGCUAUGCAGCACCAAGUUUUGGUCAAUCAUAUCAAGCGGCUGCUUUGCCAUUAGGAGAUUCAGGACAUUCUUUCCCUGGUUUCUCCUUCGGCGGAUCUGGCCAGUCGUUGGGUGGAUCUCUGAAAGCAUUCAGUGGUAACUACGCUAUACCAGCUGGACAAUCUUCUUUUAAACCCUCAGCUUUCUUAGGAGCAUCUGUCCAAAGUGAUUCAGGUGCUGGUUUGGCAGGUCUCUCUGGAUCGUAUGGAUCUCCAUCAUUCGCUGCCUACCAACAAUCCGCUGGUGGUCACGGUGUAUCUUCUCUCGGCUCUGGCGGACAUGGCGCUUCUUUCGGCUCUUUAUCUGGAUAUUCCGGUGGUCCAUCUAAGGCAAUAGCAGCUUCAUAUCUGCCUUCAAAAUAUGAAGGUGUCGGAUCUUUGGAAUCCAUUGCGUCUGCAUUUUCAGCUAGUGGUCAAAUAGGGGCACCUGGAAGUACUUAUGGCUCACCUUCAAGUGCAUACUCCAGCAACGCACACGCCGCAUCUGCUCCAUCCCCCGCCUAUUACAUUUCAUCCGGUAAACAUUCCUCACCUAGUUUUGGCUUAGGCAGUUCGUCUUUCAGAGGCCCUGUAUCGGGUCAUAGUUCAUUAAAUUCUUUUUCUUCGGGACCUAAAUAUAGCUUUGGUGGUGGACACGGCAGUUCUCGUUAUGCACCAGCUAAAGACGUCCAAGGUUCAUACAGUGAAUCCAAUUACAACACUAUCAAAUACAGCUCGGAGCUUAAGCCACGUUUCAACUAAGUUUAAAAAAAAUAUAGAGUGGACUCUGCUGUAAAUAACGCCUAUUAGAUGAAUUUUAAUCUUGGUGAAGAAUGUUUAAUGUUUGUGUGGAUGAAAACGAGGCACAGACAUAGUGAUAUUAAGUUGCCUUUGGUGAUUUAUUUGGGUACGUUCCGUUAUUUGGAGUUAUAAAUGACUGCUAUACUUAAUAAGUAUAAUAAAAAUAUUUUCUAAGGGUUUUCUUCAUUAUCAAAUUAAAUGAAAAACAGUUUAUACAACAUACAAACUUUGAAACUAGUUAUA